AUAACAGCCAAUGCAGCCGCCAUCCACGCACAAGCAAAGAAGCAUGUCCCAUUUAAAUACACCCACGCAGCCCCAGCGCCCUUAGCUGAGCCGGGCGCGCAGCCCACACGCACCGCGGCUCCGGGCUUGGAGAUCAGCGCAGGUUGGGCUCCCGGACCUGGCGGACCGACGUGUGGGGGCUCGGGAUCGGGUGCUCUGGGGCCGGGGUGGGCUGGGAAGGCUGGGCCCGGGGCCUCUGGCGCGACACCCGCAUGAGGACGCGAGUAAAAUAGACCAAGGUGGAAUUUCCAAGGGAGAAGAUUCAGGGUGGUUUUGGACCAUUUCUCCCGCGAAGAAGUAGACAUGGCGAGCGACUCCCCGGCGCGUAGCCUGGAUGAAAUCGAUCUCUCGGCUCUGAGGGACCCUGCAGGGAUUUUUGAAUUAGUGGAACUUGUUGGAAAUGGAACAUAUGGACAAGUUUAUAAGGGUCGUCAUGUUAAAACAGGCCAGCUUGCAGCCAUUAAGGUUAUGGAUGUCACAGGGGAUGAAGAGGAAGAAAUCAAACAAGAAAUUAACAUGUUGAAGAAAUAUUCUCAUCACCGGAAUAUUGCUACGUACUAUGGUGCUUUUAUCAAAAAGAACCCUCCAGGCAUGGAUGACCAACUUUGGUUGGUGAUGGAGUUUUGUGGCGCUGGCUCUGUCACCGACCUGAUCAAGAACACAAAAGGUAACACGCUGAAGGAAGAAUGGAUUGCGUACAUCUGCAGGGAGAUCUUACGAGGGCUGAGUCAUCUGCACCAGCAUAAAGUGAUUCAUCGAGAUAUUAAAGGGCAGAAUGUCUUGCUGACUGAGAAUGCAGAAGUUAAACUAGUGGACUUUGGUGUCAGUGCCCAGCUUGAUCGAACAGUGGGCAGGAGAAACACCUUCAUCGGGACCCCUUACUGGAUGGCACCUGAGGUUAUUGCCUGUGAUGAAAACCCAGAUGCCACGUAUGAUUUCAAGAGUGACUUGUGGUCUCUGGGAAUCACUGCUAUCGAGAUGGCAGAAGGCGCUCCCCCUCUCUGUGACAUGCACCCCAUGAGAGCCCUCUUCCUCAUUCCCCGGAACCCAGCACCUCGCCUGAAGUCCAAGAAGUGGUCAAAAAAAUUCCAGUCAUUUAUUGAGAGCUGCUUGGUAAAGAAUCACAGCCAGCGACCAGCAACAGAACAGUUGAUGAAGCAUCCAUUCAUACGAGACCAACCUAAUGAACGACAGGUCCGCAUUCAACUCAAGGACCAUAUUGACAGAACAAAGAAGAAGCGAGGAGAGAAAGAUGAGACAGAGUAUGAGUACAGCGGAAGUGAGGAAGAAGAGGAGGAGAAUGACUCAGGAGAGCCCAGCUCCAUUCUGAACCUACCCGGGGAGUCCACACUGCGGCGGGACUUCCUGAGGCUCCAGCUGGCCAACAAGGAGCGUUCGGAGGCCCUGAGGCGGCAGCAGCUGGAACAGCAGCAGCGGGAGAACGAGGAACACAAGCGGCAGCUGCUGGCCGAGCGCCAGAAGCGCAUAGAGGAGCAGAAGGAGCAGCGGCGGCGGCUGGAGGAGCAACAACGGCGAGAGAAGGAGCUGCGGAAGCAGCAGGAGAGAGAGCAGCGCCGGCACUACGAGGAGCAGAUACGCCGGGAGGAGGAGAGGAGGCGCGCGGAGCACGAGCAGGAGUACAUCAGGCGACAGUUAGAGGAGGAGCAGAGACAGUUAGAGAUCUUGCAGCAGCAGCUACUGCAUGAACAAGCUCUACUUCUGGAAUAUAAGCGCAAACAAUUGGAAGAACAGAGACAAGCAGAAAGACUACAGAGACAGCUGAAGCAAGAGAGGGACUACUUGGUUUCUCUUCAGCAUCAGCGGCAGGAGCAGAGGCCUGUGGAGAAGAAGCCACUGUACCAUUACAAAGAAGGGAUGAGUCCUAGUGAGAAACCAGCAUGGGCCAAGGAGGUAGAAGAGCGGUCAAGGCUCAACCGGCAGAGUUCACCUGCCAUGCCUCACAAGGUUGCCAACAGAAUAUCUGACCCCAACCUGCCCCCAAGAUCGGAAUCCUUCAGUAUCAGUGGGGUUCAGCCUGCUCGGACACCCCCCAUGCUCAGACCAGUCGAUCCCCAGAUUCCACAUCUGGUAGCUGUGAAAUCCCAGGGACCUGCCUUGACCGCCUCCCAGUCGGUGCACGAGCAGCCCACGAAGGGCCUCUCUGGGUUUCAGGAGGCUCUGAACGUGACCUCUCACCGUGUGGAGAUGCCGCGCCAGAACUCGGAUCCCACCUCUGAAAACCCUCCUCUCCCCACCCGCAUUGAGAAGUUUGACCGAAGCUCUUGGUUACGACAGGAAGAAGACAUUCCACCAAAGGUGCCUCAAAGAACAACUUCUAUAUCCCCAGCAUUAGCCAGAAAGAAUUCUCCUGGAAACGGUAGUGCUCUGGGACCCAGACUAGGAUCUCAGCCCAUCAGAGCAAGUAACCCUGACCUUCGGAGAACGGAGCCCAUCUUGGAGAGCCCCCUGCAGAGGACCAGCAGCGGCAGUUCCUCCAGCUCCAGCACCCCUAGCUCCCAGCCCAGCUCCCAAGGAGGCUCUCAGCCUGGAUCACAAGCGGGGUCCAGUGAGCGGACCAGAGUUCGAGCCAACAGUAAGUCGGAAGGAUCACCUGUGCUCCCCCAUGAGCCUUCCAAGGUGAAGCCAGAAGAAUCCAGGGACAUUACUCGACCUAGUCGGCCAGCUAGCUAUAAGAAAGCUAUAGAUGAGGAUCUGACGGCAUUAGCCAAAGAAUUAAGAGAGCUCCGGAUUGAAGAAACAAACCGCCCGCUGAAGAAGGUGACUGAUUACUCCUCCUCUAGUGAGGAGUCGGAAAGUAGUGAUGAAGAGGAGGAAGAUGGAGAGAGCGAGGCCCAUGACGGAACAGUGGCUGUCAGUGACAUACCCAGACUGAUACCGACAGGAGCCCCCGGGAGCACAGAGCAGUACAAUGUGGGAAUGGUCGGCACGCACGGGCUGGAGACUUCUCACGCGGACACUUUCAGCAGCAGUAUUUCAAGAGAAGGAACCUUGAUGAUAAGAGAGACGUCUGGAGAGAAGAAGCGAUCUGGCCACAGUGACAGCAAUGGCUUUGCUGGCCACAUCAACCUCCCAGACCUGGUGCAGCAGAGCCACUCCCCUGCCGGGACACCAACUGAGGGCUUGGGGCGCGUCUCCACCCAUCCGCAGGAGAUGGAGUCCGGGACUGAAUAUGGCAUGGGGAGCAGCACGAAGGCUUCCUUCACCCCCUUUGUGGACCCCAGAGUAUACCAGACAUCUCCCACUGACGAAGAUGAAGAGGAUGAAGAAUCAUCAGCUGCAGCUCUGUUUACUAGCGAACUUCUUAGGCAAGAGCAGGCCAAACUCAAUGAAGCAAGAAAGAUUUCAGUGGUAAAUGUAAACCCAACCAACAUUCGACCUCAUAGCGACACACCAGAAAUCAGAAAAUACAAGAAACGAUUCAACUCAGAAAUACUUUGUGCUGCUCUCUGGGGUGUAAACCUCCUGGUGGGAACGGAAAAUGGCCUGAUGCUUUUGGACCGAAGCGGGCAAGGCAAAGUCUAUAAUCUGAUCAACCGGAGGCGAUUUCAGCAGAUGGACGUGCUAGAAGGGCUGAAUGUCCUCGUGACGAUAUCAGGAAAGAAGAAUAAGCUACGAGUUUACUAUCUCUCAUGGUUAAGAAACAGAAUACUACACAAUGACCCAGAAGUAGAAAAGAAACAAGGCUGGAUCACAGUCGGGGACUUGGAAGGCUGCAUACAUUACAAAGUUGUUAAAUAUGAAAGGAUUAAAUUCCUAGUGAUUGCCUUAAAGAAUGCUGUGGAGAUAUAUGCUUGGGCUCCUAAACCGUAUCAUAAGUUCAUGGCAUUUAAGUCUUUUGCAGAUCUCCAGCACAAGCCACUGCUUGUGGAUCUCACGGUGGAAGAAGGUCAAAGAUUAAAGGUUAUUUUUGGCUCACACACUGGUUUCCAUGUAAUUGAUGUUGAUUCAGGAAACUCUUAUGAUAUCUACAUACCAUCUCAUAUUCAGGGCAAUAUCACUCCUCAUGCCAUUGUCAUCUUGCCUAAAACAGACGGAAUGGAAAUGCUUGUUUGCUAUGAGGAUGAGGGGGUGUAUGUAAACACCUAUGGCCGGAUAACUAAGGAUGUGGUGCUCCAAUGGGGAGAAAUGCCCACGUCUGUGGCCUACAUUCAUUCCAAUCAGAUAAUGGGCUGGGGCGAGAAAGCUAUUGAGAUCCGGUCAGUGGAAACAGGACAUUUGGAUGGAGUAUUUAUGCAUAAGCGAGCUCAAAGGUUAAAGUUUCUAUGUGAAAGAAAUGAUAAGGUAUUUUUUGCAUCCGUGCGAUCUGGAGGAAGUAGCCAAGUGUUUUUCAUGACCCUCAACAGAAAUUCCAUGAUGAACUGGUAACAGAAGAGCACUUGGCACUUAUCUUCAUGGCGUUAUUUCUAAUUAAAAAGAACAUAACUCAUGUGGACUAAUGCCAGUCUAGAGGCCGAAUCAGAAGGCUUGGUUGAACAUCCCGCUUUCCCCUUUUCCUCUCCCUCCGCCCGUCCCAGUACAACCCACAGUCCAUCUUCCAGUGUUGCAGCCUGGUUGAGAAGGAGAGAAAAAGGUGGCAGGAAUUUCCAGGAGAUCCCCAAGAAUGCUGCGUUGUCUGUGGACAGAGAUGGACCAUGUGCCCUUCGGAGUUAGGGAUAGAAACAAAUAUUGUGUGCUCUUAUGAUUCAGCUGUGUUAUGGUGGAUUUUGAGUUUUGUUUUGUUUUGUUUUGUUACCUUUUUUCUUUACCCCCUUACUUUGUAAGAAUGGGGAGAGAAUGCAUACUGAGAAAAUGAGUCUGUUUUUUAAUUCCGUCUGCCUGCUAGCUUUAAGUAUAUGGGAUGUUGUAAGAUUUCAAAUUUCAAAUGGUGAGAGAUAGCACAAUAAAUGUACCUUAUCUCCUUACGCUGAAGGCCAUAAUUGCAUAGUGGGGUAAUUUUAGAACUCUUUUGCCUUCACCAACCCAAAAGGUUGCUUUUUGAUAGCAACUGGCUAACGAAUUUUUAAGAGAAGAAAAAUACUAGUUUUCCCCUCUUUGGGGAAAUAUUAAAUGGCUAAACUACUAGCCUUAGACUAAUAAAAUCAACUACCAUUUUUGUGAGUCUGACAGGCCCUAUUUUUAUAUGGCCCUGUACGGAAUGGAAUGUGUGGAAUGGGAUAGUAGUGCCAUUGUGUCGAGUUGGCUCUAAUGAGUGAGGGACUCUGUAACACAACUUUCCCUCAGCUAUUAUGCAACAAAUCAGGGCAAAAGAUGGGAUGACUGAUGGGGUCGGACGAAAAGAGCUUCUGGGAAACUAAAAAAAAUUUAUAUAUAUAUGUCCAUAUAUAUAUAAUAUAUAUAUAUAUAUACACAUUGUUUUUUUUAAUGCACAAGCCUCCAGCUAAGAGGUCGCGUGCUUUGGGCUUCAUUAGGAGUGAGACAUUGUUGAGUUCUUUCUGGGAAUGGAGGAGUGAAUGACAUCCAAGCUCUGGUCAUUCCCAGCUUUCUCCUGAGGGUGCCACUUUCUCAAGAUGAAAACUAUGACUGAAAAAAUAAUAAUAAUAAAUGUUUCUGAGCUGCCUGUGUUCUCUCUGGGUUGGUGAGAGAAGGGAUGAGACUACCAAGCCUGCCAGAGACACAGCAGGCACCAUUGGUUCAGAGUUGAUAGAACUUAAAAGCAAGGCUUUGGCCAAAUUUCUGAGACCCUAAUCAUUUUACCUUCCUCCAAAUUACCCAACAUACGGUAAACAACAUUUGUGCAGAGAUAUGUAUGUAUUUAGUUCAGGUUGACUUGUGUCCUUAUAAACUCUUACUCGGAUGAUUUGAACUUUUACGUGACUGUCUGGGUUUUUUUUUUCCAAAGCUACAAGCAUGGCCGCCUGUGGUAUCAAGGUGUUGCAAAACCAGAUCUGUGUUGCGCUUCCUGUUUUAACCUACCUCGUUUUGUUUGUUUUGUUUCACUGUUCAUCACAGCAGUGUUAGCUCCAGGAGACAUAUAGAGAGCUCAACUGGCAAUCUCAGGUGUAUUUAAUUUUUUUAAACAAAACAGUAGUUGACCAAAUUGUUCUGGAAAAAUUAAACCAAAAAACUCCAACAACAACAAAAAGCAAAUGUGGCUUAUUUCUGAAGAAAAUGAUUAAUGUAAACAGAUUUUCUUUCUAAAGUCUGUAAUCCUACCGAUUUUGCCUAAAUGCAUUAGCAGCUGAUGUACUAUUAAUGAGAACGACAUACACGUUAGGACAAUGGAGCAUCUCAAUCUGGUGGUCUGGGCCAACAGAGUAAGGGCAUGGGGAAUUAUUCCAGUUCCUAAAGGAGACGAUUCUGCCCCUCCUGUAAAGGUGGUUAGUAUUUGCAUUUAUUCUAAACAGGUAACAUGAGAAUGGAACUGAGGAUUAUCUUCAGGCGAUCACCAAGAUGUCCUCACCAUGGUCCCUUUAGCUCUCAAAAGCAAUGAAAUCCCCCUGUUCUCAUUUUUACUGCUGUGGUUCUGCUGCUAAACAAUCCUAUCUUCACAAAUUCCAUGCAACAAAUUCAGCAAUAACCUUUUGGAUUGAAUCUAGCAACUACUGUAAUUGGAUGCCAAUGUGGACAAAAUAUAUUGAUUUGGGUCUCAUCCCCAAAUGCGAUUGCCACCAGCUCUUUAUAUUGCUGCUGUGGUAUUUUGAACCAGAAGCUUCUUUAAAUUAUGUUGCAAACUGAUCUUUGUUUUUAUGUUAUGUUUUGUUUUUAUUUCUAAGUGAUGAGUUCAAAACACACAGCUUUAAAUGAUUUUUUUAUUGUGGGAUUUUGGGUACAGUUAAGAAAUAAAAGGGAAUCAUUGUGUUUAAACAUAAGGUAGUUUGUGAAUGUAUUUUUUAAAAUCUAGAGUCAUUGAAACAAAAACUCAUAAAACAAUAUUAAUGCAGUCUUGUUUACAGUAUGUACAGUGACAUAACAUAGAACAUGAGCUUUUUCUGGUGCCAACAAUAAUAAAACACAGACGUUAAACAUCAA